AUGGGUGGACAAAGGAAGUUAGCAAAAAGAAAGAAGGAUAUGAAGUUAGAGAUUCAACGAAAUGUAUUUGCACAAUAUGAAGAAGAAAACCAAAAUGCUGUUGAGUAUAAAAAAAUUAUAACACAAGACAUAGUUGGAUUAAUAGGUUCACUCGAUUUAAACACAAUCAGAAACGAUCUUCAAGAACACAACAUUGAAAUGUGUGAUCAAUUAAAGAAUGAUUUAGCAAAAAAGAGGAAUGCAGAAGAAAACAAUAACGAAGAACAAAAUAUGAGUUAUUCAACAGAAGGUAGUAAUGAGAGUAGUGAAGAAAGAGAGAAAAGUAAAGGAAUUGAUAAGGAUGUCAUUUUAGAACCAGAUGAUUUUAUUUUGUAA